GGUGUGAAUUGUCUGGGCCGCUGGAGCAUAAAUUAAAGAGAACUGAUGUAGUCGAGCGGUUAUAGGUGGCAAGAGGAAAGGGGCGGAGACAAUAUAACUGAAUAUAAACGCUGAGAUACCUCACAGACUCAGAGACAGGACAAGAGGUCUAGCAAAGACUUUUGCUGUAGUUGGCUUGGCCUGGGAUCAGCCAGGGAAUCUUGACUAGAGCAAAGAUGAAUUCUGAAGAUUGUUCCAUAACAGAGAACAGCUCCUUGCAUCUGGAGAGAGGACAACAAAGCUUGCUGUUUGCUUCAUUGUAGUCUCGUGACAGCAUCCUCCAGUUGCUGGCAAUGAAGGUUUCCAACCUUUGAGAGGAUAGACGGACGCAUUUACCGGGCCCGGUGGUAGUUUCUUAGGAGAAGGUCAUGAAAAGUUCUUGAAAGGGCAAUCUUCUGCUUCUGCACCCUUCAUAGAACUCUUCCUCUAUUUCAUCAUUCUGCUUCACCCUCUAAUCACUGGCUUCAGAUUCGACAUGAGUCACACAUGGUUCUUCCUUUCUUCUGUUUUUCAUCGAAAUACAUCAAAAUGUGAUUAUCUUAGCUAUUUACUUUUUCCCCUCUUCUCUUUGCCUAUUCUGUCCACAGACUUUUCUUCUCUUUCCUGUUACCAGAAUGCUCCCAUUUUCUUUUUCUUAUAAUGUGUUUCUGUGAGGCUUGUUUGUUUUUUUUUUAAUUUAGCCUUCUUCCUCUCCAAUUAAUGAGGUGCCCCCCAAACUUACUUUUAAGCAAAGUUACCUGGUAAUAAAGGGGUGCGUUAUAACAUGAACAGCAGAGCUGAACGGUCUGGAGAGUGGGAUUGUUUUCUGAGCCUGUGUCUGCUAAACUGGUUUAUGUUAGGAAGACACCAAUCGCUUCUGAUAAACCCAUCUUUUACUAAGUACACACAAUCAAGUGUGCAUAAGAAGUGCAAGCCGCAAAGAUUCCUGGUAGCUAGGUAACCAUAAUGUUAUGGCCCAGUUGAGCUGCUGAAAAGAAAUAACGUAUAUAAUAAUAAAAUCACCCAGUAAGUAGAGAUCAUAGUUGAACAACAAAGGACCUAAUUCAGGAAUCUGCAACUUUUCCCGAGUUCUCCAAUUUUCUAUUGAGUGUUUAGUUUAUGCUGCCCUUGUAGUUGCUUUAUUACUAUAAGCCAUCAUUGGGCAUCACCUUUGGAUGACUUGGUAUUUAAUUGUGGAUUUAGCUUCAAUUUCUUCGUUAAUGAACAGGGCCCAUAAUCAGAGCGGAAGUAUCCUGUAAGGGGAGUGUUUUGUUGCCUAGGUGAUAGAUCAAACAGUGAGUAACAAUAGCCCUCACUAAUGGAGAAACAUACAGUCUGAGAAUCACCUCCACCGUUUGCCUGUGGAUAAGCCAAUAGACUGAGCUAGGCUGGCUCUGAGUCCGGGAGCUACACGGAUGAGUUAGUGUUUGCUGAGGAACCACAACUCUUGCUGCAUUGAGUCUAAACAGCAUGAUUGACUCUCACAUGGGGAGAAGUGAAACUAGACAGACAGUUCUGAACUUGCUACCCUAUCUACCAAGGGCUGCUUCCGGUGAUAGUUGUAUGCUGGUUAAAAAAAAAAAAAAAAAAAAAAGGAAGAUUUGCUUUGAGAAGCUGAAAGAAAUAGAGCUAGAGAGGAGUGAAGUAAAACCUUCUCUUGCAAAACCCCAAUGCAGACCUAUGCUGGAAGAGAACAAUCCCCAGAAGCAAAAGCUGAUGUUGAUAACCAGUGAACAAUGAAAGAAAACACACCUCUGUGCUCAGUUUCACUUCGGAGAAAUGUUUUUUAGGAAAAGAAAUACAAGAAUCUCAAGAUAUGUCCUCUUUUAGUAUGCUUUUAAUUAUGGAAAUCAUAGCAUAUAGAAAAACAUGAUAUGUUUGCAUUCGAUGCUAUUUUGUAUGGUAAUUUCUAGUAUCAUUCAAGUGGCCAUUUUACGUUUCAGUUUUUGCGAACCUAAUAGGGAGCUAUGUAUCUCUUGUGAGGCCAAAUUUUAGAAACCCUGAGGGGUCAUCCUAGCAAAAAUCAAAUUCAAUCACUGGUCACAAAAUCUUCUCUCCGUUCUUGAUUAUUUAUAUUCUAAAGCAGAUAUUCUUGUAGUUUUUUUUAAACUAAGAAUCAUCAUUCACAUCAUGUUCAUAUUCCACAAAAUUAUUUCUUAUUGGUGAAAUCAAAUCAAAUUUUUGCUUCGUUUCAGCAUUAUACAGAAGGUACAUGAAAAAAAAUCAACUUCUACCUAACAUUUGCUGUAUAAUAUUGUUACGUUUCCUCUGCUAACUUCUCUUGAAAAAUUCAAAUAUUUUGCUCUUCACUCAAAUAUCAUUUUAAUUGAGGCAUAAUUUACAUGCCACAGACGCACAAAUCAAAAGUAUGCCAUUUAAUGAGUUCCAUAACAACUCCAAUCAGGAUUUGAAAUUUCACCCUAGAAAGUUCCCCUGUGUUUCUUUCCAGCCAAAUUACUUUUCCUACACACAUAAAAGCAAUUACUUUUCUGAUUUCUGUUACCAUAGUUUAAUUCAACUUUUUUUUUUGAGUAUAGGUAACACAUAAUGUUACAUUAUUUUCAGGUGUACAACAUAGUAAUUCUACACCCCCUUAUGUUAUGCUAUGCUCACCAUAAUGUAGGACUCUCUGUCACACCAUGCUCUUUCUUACACUGCCACGGAUUAUAUUUCCUAUGCUGUGCCUUUCAUUUCCCGUGAAUUAUCCAUUCCAUCGCUGGAAGCCUGUAUCUCCCACUCUCCUUCACCCAUUUUGCCCAUACCCCCAUUCUCCUCCCCUCUGGCAAUCUGCAUUUGGUUCUCUGUAUUUAUGGGUCCGAUUCUGCUUUCUGUUUGUUCCUUCACUUGCUUUGUUUUUUAGACUCCACCUAUAAGUGAAAUCAUAUGGUGUUUGUCUUUCUUGGUCUGACUUCGUUCAGCUAUCCUUGAGUGUCAUAUAAACGGAAAUCUAUAGUUUAUAGCCUUGAAUGUCAUAUAAAUGGAAAUCUAUAGUAUAUAGUUGUAGCUGCAUUUUUCUCGCUCGACAUUUUUUGAGACCAAUGCAUUUUGUUGCAUUGAUGAGGUUUUUUGUUUGUUUGUUUUUGUGCGGUUAUUUUUGUUUUUGUGGUUUUUUUUUCUGCUGAGUAGAAUUCAGAUAUGCCAUACCUUGUUUAUCCAAAUUCCUGUUGAUGGAUAUGUGGAUUCUUUCUAAGAUUUGGCUGUUAAGGAUAAAGCUGCUAUGAGCCUUCUUGUUUUGUACAAGUCAAAUGCUGAAUCAGAGGAUAGGUAUAUAUUUCAUUGUAUGAAAAACAGUUUUCCAAAUUAUCUUUUCAUUUUACUCCCCCAUCAGUAAUAUAUGAAAACUUCCAUUGCUUCACGUAUGUACUGACUUCACCAAAAAGUACCACCUGUCUUUUUUUUUUUUUUAAUUUUCAGUCAUGGUGGUUGUAGAUAUUUAUAUAUCAAUUCAAUACUUUUUAUUCAUCAUCCAUAUUUAUUGCAUUUAAGUCAACUUUCUUAAACAGGAACUACAGAGAGGUUAAGGGAUUAUGCUGAGGAUGUCCUUUUUAUAUGUCUCCCAGGGUAAUCAGAUAUUUAAUAAAUGUUCUUGUGAUUCAAACAAUAAAAUUAUCAUAAACUUAGAAUUUUUGUAGCUACUAAGUGCACAUAUUAGGCAGAUAUUUUAUGAUCUCAUCAUUAUCCCUGGAUCGGUUCAUCUCUAGCCAAAAAUAAACUGUCCAAAGUCACUCAAAAUUGGGGGGAAACUAACUUAUAAAUUUCAUCUAAGAAGAUAAGGAGGUAUUGAAAUGCAAAUGCCUCAGGAGAAUAUCAAAUGUCCCUUUCUUACUUCUACAGUUGACCUGAAUUCAUCAUGAACUUUCUCCCUGCAGGUACCACCGCCGGCCCUCAGUUUGCAACACAGCAUGAAGGGUCCCUUCAAGUUCCUAUCCCAUGUGCUGUAUUGAAUGUGGUCUUUAUCACUUGUUUAAUCAUUGCUCUCAUCGCUUUAUCAGUUGGCGAAUACAACUGUCCAGGACAAUGUUCACACCCAGUGCCAUCAAAUAGCCCUGUUUCUUCAUGCUCAGAUGAUUGGCUUGCAUACCGGAGGAAAUGCUACUUUAUUUCCACUGUAACAAAGGACUGGAAGUCAGCACAAAACUUUUGCUCUGAACACAGGGCUACUCUUGCCUUGGUUGAUUCUGAAGAGGACAUGAUCUUUUUAAAACGAUAUGUGGGUAGAGCCGAACAUUGGAUUGGGCUGAAAAAUGAAGAUGGUCGGACAUGGAAAUGGUCAGAUGGCAAAGUCUUCAAUAACAGGUUCAACCUUACGGGAUCUGAGAACUGUGCAUUUCUGAAUAGCACAGGGGUCAUCAGCACAGAAUGUGAAAAGAAUUUAUACUGGAUAUGUAGUAAGCCCUUCAAAUAAUGAGGAAACAUAUUUGCUUCUAGACUAUGGUGACUUGGAACUCGAGGAAAUUUGUGUUGAUGGAUGCUGCUUUAUGGUCAGAAAUUUUCCAUAAAGACUUUGGGGGAAAAAAAAACCUUCGUAUUAUUUUGGAAACCUUCUUCCAAAUGAGACUAUGGAAAAAAGGAAAAGAAAUUCCAGGUUACCCAGCCAUGAGCUGAAAAAGGCACAGGUUGCCUGAUCAUUCAUUACGUGCAAAAUGAGAAUGACUUUAAGCCUUAUGGAUGCACUUUAUAUUUUAAAAUUCAGAAAUAGUAAAAUGACUAGGCUUAGAGUUAUUAUUUAUUGUUGAAUGACUGCCGAAACUGAGUGUGCUCCUCAUAUUUGCACUAUUUGAAGAUGUUAACUGGUGGUAUUAAAAACCAAAUGUCAACAUAAGAAAUUUUUUUUUAAUUCUUUUUUUCAACGCUUAUUUAUUUUUGGGACAGAGAGAGACAGAGCAUGAACGGGGGAGGGGCAGAGAGAGAGGGAGACACAGAAUCAGAAACAGGCUCCAGGCUCUGAGCCAUCAGCCCAGAGCCUGACGCGGGGCUCGAACUCACGGACCGUGAGAUCGUGACCUGGCUGAAGUCGGACGCUUAACCGACUGCGCCACCCAGGCGCCCCGUCAACCUAAGAAAUUUUAACCGGUAGUGCAGACAUUUAGUCUAAAUGCAUUUUUUGAAAAAAAAAUCAAAGAACAUUUCUAAGUGGACAAAUGCUUAUGAAACUAAGCUUCAUAAUAUUUUUCUCUUUAUAGAGAAGUUUGCCAAGUUACUUUGUCAUUUUCCUGCCAAAAGAGUGGGAUAAUCAUGUAUUUAUGGGUUUGUUGGUUUUUAUUUUUGUUUUCUUUUUUUUAGUUCUAUGUAACUCAUCUUUUCCAAUGGUACCUACUUCAUUGUCUUAAAAAUCUUACAUGUAGCAUUUUACAGAGACACAGACAAACACAAAGACUAUAACGGAUAUUUGUGAAGCAGAUGAAAGUGUUGGAAAAUGUGCAAUAUGUGAUGUGGUAAAUUUCUAUCGGGAAAAAGUCUGUAUUCUUCAAACCUGGAAUAGUCAAGUCUUAUCUGACUAUAAAUUUGUACCUUUCCUAAUCAAUUCUCCCAUGUGCAAUGCUUCAUAUGAAGUAUUUUCUGAGUGCAAUAGUGUUUCUUUGUCUUUUGUAUUCGCUGCCAUUAUAAGCUGAUUUUGUGUAAGUUAAAAUAAAGGUAGAAUCCACAAAA